AUGUCUGAAAUUGUGAUUGUCGCGGAUACACGCACGCCCAUCGGUGCUUUCAAUGGUAGUCUUGCAAACACACCAGGUAUUGAAUUAUGCGCUGCCGCAAUGAAAGCAUGCGUAGAGAAAUCCGGAAUUCCCAUUGACCAAUUUGAUUCUGUCUAUGUUGGCAACGUUAUUUCAGCUGGAGUAGGACAAAAUCCAGCUAAACAAGCCUCUCUUGCUGCUGGUUUUCCAUGUUCGACACCGUGCACGCUUGUAAACAAAGUAUGUUGCUCCUCAAUGAAAGCUCUUCAAAUUGGUGCAACAGAAAUCAAGGUAGGAGAUUCCAAAGCCGUUAUGAUAGGUGGGUUUGAGAGCAUGUCUCGUUGUCCACACUUAUUACAAAAUUCUAGAAAUGGUUACCGUCUUGGUAAUUUCACUACAGUUGAUAGCUUGAUUAAUGAUGGCUUAUGGGAUGCCAGAUAUAAUAUGCAUAUGGGCCAGCUCGUAGAUAACCUCAAUGCAAAACUCGGAAUAUCACGCGAAGAACAAGAUCGCUUUGCUAUACAAUCAUUUGACCGUGCUGCAAAGGCUUGGGAAGAGCAUUGCUUUGAUGGUCAAAUUGUCCCAAUACAAACAAAAACUGGCGAAUACAAAGUUGACGAAUCAAUUUACAAGCUCCGUCGUGAAAAAGUACCAGUCCUUAAGCCAUCAUUCUCUCCAACAGGCACUAUUACACCAGCUAAUGCUUCUGGUCUCUCUGAUGGCGCUGCUGCUCUUGCAAUUUGCUCAUCAGAGUUCGCCGCUGAGCAUAAUUUAAAGCCAAUCGCCAAAAUACUUUCUUUCGGAGAAUCAGGUAUCGAUCCUGCCGAAUUUCCUCUUGCUCCUGCUGAUGCAGUCAAGAAAGCAUUAUCUAAAGUUCAUUUGACCACUUCCGAUAUUGAUCUCUGGGAGUUCAAUGAAGCAUUCGCUUCUGUACCACUAAUGCUCAUUAACAGCCUUGGUUUAUCGGAAGAUAAAGUUAACAUCCUCGGUGGAGCUGUUGCUAUCGGCCAUCCACUCGGAUGCUCUGGUAUUAGAAUUGUUACGACUCUCAUUGCCGGUCUUAAGCACCGUGGUCUUAAAAGAGGCUGUGCUGCUUUAUGCAACGGCGGUGGUGGUGGAAAUUGCGUUAUUAUUGAGAUGCUUUGA